UACGCAGGAAGGAGCGGUCUAUCCCGUUUAAAACUCAAAUAUUAAUUUCUUAUCAAUUUUCUGUCCCUUCGUGCUUUUCUGGUCAAGGAUAGAACCACAAGUAAAAUACACCUAGGUCACUUGAACCCAUGAAAAACUAGCGCGUUGACAAUGAUUUUCCGACAUUUACAGCCACGUUGAACGAGGCAACAGCCGCGAAGUUUGCCCGGCAGACCCCAUAGGUUUUAUCUGUACGAUGCCAAUUUAAAUUGAUGCGUAUGUUACAGGGCUCCUCCUAUGUUUCGCGAGAGAAUUGAAGCCUCAGGCAGCAGCAGAGGGAUUCGAUCCAUGGACACCGCGGCGGACAAGGAUCGCUUAUUGCCCAUCACAACGGGAGAUGCAGAUGAAAGCAAACAACCACCUCCCUGGAAGGGCACCACCAUGACCAAGCGAGGCGCCCUUGCCGCCCUCUCCUACAUGACCAGCGCGGUGAUGCUGGUGAUGUUUAACAAAGCAGUUCUAUCAUCAUACAACUUUCCUUCUGCCAACGUCAUCACAUUGCUUCAGAUGAUCUCGUCAACUGUAUUUUUAUAUGCGAUGAGGUCAUGGAAUAUAAUUUCCUUCAAGACAGUUGAAGGGAGAAAUACCAUGACGGACACAUCUUCUAAAUUGUUUUUGUCUCUAGAAACUUUUUGGCGCACAUCACCUCUUUCAAUUGCUUAUUUACUAUACAUGAUUGUUGGCAUGGCUUCAAUUCGUGGGGUUAAUGUGCCAAUGUACACAACGCUGAGACGGACAACUGUAUUCUUUACAAUGAUUAUGGAAUACUUUCUUUCAGGACAGAAGCAUUCUCCUCCUAUAGUUGGCAGUGUGGGCUUGAUUUUGUUGGGAGCAUUUGUUGCUGGAGCUAGGGACUUGUCCUUUGAUUUUUACAGCUAUAUGAUAGUUAUAGUUUCCAACAUAACUACAGCAAUAUACCUAAUAACCAUAGCUCGCAUUGGGAAAUCUAGUGGUCUCAACAGCUUUGGUCUAAUGUGGUGUAAUGGCCUGAUUUGUGGACCUCUACUUCUUUUAUGGACUUUCUUUAGUGGUGAGCUAGAAAUGACGAUGAAUUUUACACAUUUGUAUUCUCUAGUGUUUCAGGUUAUGAUGCUCCUGUCCUGUACAAUGGCAUUUUGUAUUAACUAUGCAAUAUUUCUAAAUACGACUCUUAAUUCUGCCCUUACACAAACUAUUUGUGGUAAUUUGAAGGAUUUUGUCACUGUAGCCAUUGGCUGGCUUUUGUUUGGUGGACUACCUUUUGAUUGGUUGAAUGUUAUUGGCCAGUCUCUUGGGUUCUUAGGUUCGGGUGUAUAUGCUUACUGCAAAAUCAAGGGGAAGUGAUGACGAUCGCUACUGUCUCCUACACGGUCAGACGGAAAUAGGCAUUAGGGGUUGUUUUUGACAUAUAGCUUUGUAUACAAAAAACCAUGACCUUGUAAUAGCGUGAACUUAAUUGCCAACAAACUGCACCUGCUGAUGAUGUGUUCAUUAUGAAUCAUGCUUCAGGUCACAUCUUUCACUUAUUACAAAGUUGUAUUUGUUAAAUUUUUUUUCCUCCCCUUUGUUUGCCAUGUGGACAUGGAAUGUCUACCAGUUAUCGGUUGGUUUUUAAUAUACCCAGGUUUCAAAGUUAAUUUACCAAUAACAGCAGUCUGUUGUUUUUCUUG